AGUUGCUUAUUGGUCGAAUACUCUCAUACGCAAUAACCAAAUAAAGAAAGUCACUAAAAACACAGUAAAUAAAACAUCAUAACUCAAAUGGGAGGAUUUACAGAACGCACGAAGUCCAUGCAAACCGACUUGCAAUAACGCCAACGAGAAGCUGAGGUUUCAAGCACGCUUUUCUGCAGACAUGUUUGAUUUAAAGGAAGGCUGGAAUCUCUCUUUCGCCGGAUGUGGAUUUUUGGGGAUCUAUCACAUCGGUGUUGCGAGCUGUCUUCUCGAGCAAGCCCCCUAUCUCGUGCGCGGAGCCACCAAGAUCUACGGAGCCUCCGCCGGCGCGCUCACCGCUUCCGUGCUCGCCACCGAGGGUUGUUUAGAGAAAUGUUGUGAAGAUGUCAUUGAUGUCGCCAAGGAGGCAAGAAAACGCAACCUGGGCCCCUUGCACCCGACAUUCAACCUAAUGAAGGUGUUACGUGGAGGGCUCCAACGGAACCUGCCGUCUGACGCGCACACGCUGGCCUCGGGUCGACUGUGCGUGUCACUCACACAGGUCACGGACGGACAGAAUGUCCUGGUCUCGGACUUCAGCUCCAAAGAUGAACUCAUCCAGGCUCUCAUUUGUAGCUGUUUUAUUCCAAUAUACUGCGGUUUGAUCCCUCCUGCCUUCCGUGGCGUGCGUUAUGUCGAUGGGGGUAUCAGUGACAAUCUGCCCCAAUCUGAGCUAAAGAACACCAUUACCAUUUCUCCCUUCUCUGGAGAGAGCGAUAUCUGUCCGAAAGACAGCUCCACCAGCUUCCACGAGCUGCGUUUUACAAACACCAGCAUCCAGGUCAACCUCGACAACAUGUACCGACUCAGCAAAGCCUUGUUCCCUCCAGAGCCAAAAGUGUUGGCUGAGAUGUGUCAGAGUGGGUAUAAAGACGCCCUCCGAUUCCUCCAGGAAAACAAUCUGCUACAGGUAGCGUGUCCCACUGCAGACAUGGCUCUCAUUGAGACCACGUCCACCUGCUGCAGCCCGGGCCGACAAAAUCCAGUCGUCAUGGAAACCACAAAAGAGUGGGUGCUGCGGAGACUCCGUCUCUUGCGAAAGCACCACUGGUGGUUGGACGAACAGCUCGUCGACAACCUGCCCGCACCCAUUAAGAAAGUGUUUUGCGAGGCCUGCAGGGAAAAAAACGGCCUGUUGGCGCAGGUCACUGGCUCUCUGCCACUACGUGUUGCUUCAUACAUGUUAAUGCCAUACACGCUUCCGGUGCAGUCAGCUUACUCUGUAGCCCAGAGAUUUUUAGAGUGGAUCCCAGAGGUGCCUGCAGAUGUGCGCUGGUUUGCUGAGGUGGCAGGAGGUGUUUACAGACAAGCUUGGAAAGGUACAGCGUUGGAGACGAGCAGCAGCGCCCCCUUGAGAAGAUGUGUCAGUGAACCACCAAUGGUAGACUUUCAGAAACCAGUCAUAUACCAGAACGGACGUCUACCCUUUUCUGCCAGCAACGUCGAUGGUUACAGCUGGACUUUCACAAAAGUCAUCGGUCAACCUUCUUCUGUUUGCCCACCCAAAAGUCCUGAUACCUCGUGCCCCUCCCACAUGCCACCGAGCUUUUUCGUUGGCUCACGGGACAAUGAUGAGUCCCAAACGGACCAAUGAAUGAGCUCCUCACCUCAGUAAACUGUAUACAGAGCUGGAUAUUUGUCAGACAUCAUGACCUGGUCAUGUCACGCUGCACAUUUUGCCAUCAAACGAUAUGAGUUCUGGAAUCUAGAGCAUAUGAUGAGUUUGGUUCCAAAAUGAGAUUUUUAAAAAUCACGUUUUUUAUUAUGUUAUCAUGUUUUAUUGUGUUAGUUAGCCGUAUUUUUUUAGUAAUUAUGUCUAAAGUCAAAACAAACCAACUGCAGUUUGAUUGAUAUUAAUUGGAAUUCACAAUAAAAAAACAUGAUUUUUAAAAAGAACCAAACUCUUCAUAGAUUGUAGAAGGACAUGCACUUCACUAAUUUUCCCCUGAUAUCAUUAUAUAGGAAUAUAAUAUAAUAUAAUAUAAUCAUAUAUUAUUAUCCAGAUACGUUAUUUUCUCUAUUCAGAAGAACCAAAGAUGUGUUUUUAUUUCUCUGUUAAAACUGCUUUGAGCAAAGUAUGAGUGUAUGAGCAGCACAUUUACUGUAUAUAACUGAUUUAUAAAUCUAUAAUACAAUGUAAUGUAAGUCGCUUUGGAUAAAAGCAUCUGCCAAAUGCAUAAAUGUAAAUGUUAUAAUAUUAUUUCAAUCUGUGCCUUGUCUGCAGAAGUGAAUUACAGACUGAUAGAAGUUUACAUUAAAAUUGGUGCUAUAAUGUUUGUAAGACCUCUGUUCUUGAAUUACCAUUGAAUGUGUCUUAUGUGUAUGUCACACAUGUACAAUAAAGAUGAAGAAUGUGA